AUGGCUACUGCGCCAAUGUCGACAGACCCCUCAAGGCUGUCAUUCGCAAAGAUUGCUGCCUCGGCUGGAAAGGAUAAUGUAGCUCUCGCUUCUUUCGCAAAGAUUGCUGCCUCAUCUGCUGUACGAGAUACGAAAUCUGAGAAUAUAGCUCCAACUGUAUAUGAGAAUAAGAACACAGACAAACCUAACGCUGCAAGCAAGGAUAUUAGCAUGGCCGCUCUCAAAGAAACUGCCAUAGCGACAAAUGAUCAACCCUCAAAGAAGAGGACGUUUACUAAGAAGGAAUCCGAUUUGGCGGAUGCAGUCAAAGCGAUGCAUAUCCGUGACAGCACGCCAAGUCUUGUUGUCAACGGCUCAGGGAUUACACCUCCUAUCAAACGAGAUUUGGGAGAAGGAUUUCCGGAUGACCUAUUUCAGAGAACAGAAUCUGGGUCCGAUUUGGGUACCAAGCCUCCAAGCUUGGAUGGAAAGAGCAUUACCUCAGGUACAACAUUCGCUUUGGAUGAGAAGGAGUCCUUACGUCCUGAUGACAGCGCAAGCGUAAAAGCAGCUGAAGAUGAUGAUACAUUUUCAGGUCGCGGUUCCAUUGUUGCCGGCUCUAGGAUUGGGUCCGAAGCAGCUGCGCGAGCUUAUCGUGCCCAGUUUUAUGAGGCCCCUGAUCGACGUAGUAUUCAACUCAUGCAGGAGCGCCAAACACAGGGCAUUGUUACUCCUCAAAGUGGAUCAUCUGGUCAGCAAACUACGGAUGAUAAACCUAAGCCGCUUGUAGGUCCAUCAGGAUCAACCGAAGCGUUCACACUCUUCUACCGCCAGACUCCGGAUGAGAAACUUCUGGAGGCACUGGAAUCACCAAAAGACCGCAUAUUUCUGCUUCGUCUUGAGCAAGAUGUUAUUGAGUUUGUGAAAGAUUCUAAGGAGCCUUUCAUUGAUCUGCCACCAUGUAACUCGUUUUGCAGAAUGCUAACUCACAAGUUGGCUGAUUAUUACCAUAUGACACAUCAAGUUGAUGCUGUAAUUGGAGCGGUCCGUAUAUUCCGAACGCCAUUUUGCAGGAUUCCGCCAUCAUUAACGAGCAUCUCCAACCCACCCACAACUGGAAAUACUCCUCCCCCUAACCUGCCUGCAAUGAAAAUCAUGCGCAGAGGUGGCGAUGGCGAUACUGGACCAAGUCCUUCCAAAGCUACUUCUGAGACAGGAAGUGAAGCCAAAGACAAAGCACAGUCCGCUAAAGAGAAACUUUCCCGAGAGGAGCGAGAAGCAGUUUAUCUUGCCGCACGGGAACGAAUCUUUGGCAAAGAUGAUAAAUCUGGCGAGGCCACACCAGGUAAUUUUGCCAAAGAUCUUGUCUCGAAACGAUCCGAUGGCAUUGCUAAUAAUGGUCUAGAAAAUGAAGAGGUUGGCGAAAUGUCACGUUCUAGCUCUGUAUCCAUGAAGGACAAGGGCAAGAGGGGCAAGGCUGGAAAACAGCGCCGUGACGACUCUGAAAGCUUCGACGUUCGAUCUCAGUACACGCCAUACUUUCCGCAGCAACAGGCUCAGCCAGCGUGGAUUCCAACUCAAAGUUACGGCACAAUGGGAGUUCAACAAUUCAAUGGUGUCAUGCCAAGUAAUUAUCAGAACCAAAUGCCAGCUCAGUUUGUUCCACCUCCGCAGCCAUUUGUUCCUACCAUGAUGAACAGUGGAAACAUGCAACCGUAUAAUAAUAUGCCACCACCACAAUUUCCUCAGCAAAGUCAGCCACGUUAUCAACCUCACAGUGCUCCAAUUACAACAUACGGUACCCCUGCGCAGUCCCCACAGCCUCCGCAACAAUGGAUCUCACAAAAUCAGUUUCCAGGUGCUCCGUAUCAACCACGAGUACCUGUCGCCGGAGGAUCACCCAACACUAUCCCUUACGCUUUUGGACAAUUACCCAGCAUGGUAAAUCCGGCCGACCCCAAAAGCCAACACCCGAUUCCUGGAAGUUUCAAUCGGCAUGCCUUCAAUCCGAAGACACAGUCCUUUGUCCCCGGCAAUCAAGGUCUUCCUGUUCCACAGCCCAUGUCUCAUCAUGGAUCUCCUCACCAUGGCUCUCCACACCAUGGAUCUCCUCACCUCCCUUACAACAGUUUCCCUUCACCUCAACAACAAUACGGGGCUGGAAUGGGUUAUAGCAUGGCGAGACAAGGGUCUAACAGCUCUUUGCCUUCGUAUCAUGCAUCUCCACACAUGGCACAUAGGUCAAUGAUGCAUCAGAAUAUGCCGCAAGGUCUUCCUCAAGGUUUGCCACAAGCUAUGCCUCAUGGUAUGCCACAGGGAAUGCCACAGGGUAUGGUGCCGAACGGUCAAGUUGGAAGUCACCUUCCCAACUUCGGCAACCCGGCAACGUUACCUCCAAAGCCUCCCACUGGCGUUUAG